CCGAACUCCAACGCGCUAGUGCCUUUACCUCUUGUCCUACGAAACAUCGUCAGCCUUUACCUUUUUUUUUCUUCUCUCCCUGCUUUUCUUUCUUACCAAACACCUACCUCAAAUCUCACUGGUCAAUACUCAAAGCCCUCUCAAGUUUCCAACUUUACCACAAUCCAAACACUUCUCCGAUCCAAAUCCAAAAUGCCGACCGGCACCAGCGUUCACGUCACCGCCUUAGACGGCAUAGUAAACGUGAACUCCCUCUUCACCUUAGCCGUAUUCGUAGGCCUAACCUGGAACCCAAACGACCCGAGCAACGCCCUCAUCAAAGACCAAGCUUGCGCCGCGGGUCCCUCCAAAGCCGAAGACCUCGUGGCCUUCCAUGUCUACUCCUUCAGCUCUUUCCUCUUCUCCAGCCUCAUCGCUUUGGGUCUCAAACAGGCCAUCCGGAUCUCCAAAAGCCCAACCUUCCACCCGUACGAGUUCAUUGCCCGCACCCACAAGUCCUUCCUCCGGGUCGGGAUGUUGGUCUCGGGUGUCGGUUCGUUUUGCGGGUGCGGGUUCCUGAUGAUGGCUCUGGUUAACGUGGUCCAGAUCAAGCUUGGGACUUUGGCUUGUGGAAACUCAUCAGAUAGCUUUGCAGCCGUGAUUCCUCUUGUCAUUUUGGUCCCCAUUGCGCUUCUCAUUUAUGCUUCUAUCAUUUUGUACGCUUUUAGUCGCUAGCUUCUGUUUUUUUUUUUAGUUGGAUUAUUAUUAUUAUUUAAACAAAUUCACUGCGUAACUUUUAACUGCGGUGAAGUAAAAUUGUGAUCUGUCUAAUGUAAUUUUUAUCUGGGUUAUUACUGAAUUUCAGAUGGUUCCAAUUUCUGCUCUUA